AUGUCCGUUGAUGGUCGUACAAUCCUCGAAAAGAUUUGGAAUCCGCAUGCGUGUUUCGUGAACAGUAAAUUGGCAAACAUCCAUUCUAGCCCGUUCAAGAACAUUUUCCUACAGAUUUACAGUAACGGCAGCAUCUGGUACAACUACCGUAUCAAACUCACAGGACCAUGCUCAAACACAUUAAGGUUAGUUGAUCGUACAGUAAGCUGGUAUCACGCCUGCGAGGACGUGAGUUUGGAGCAGACAUAUAACCGUUUUAAUAGCUCAGAACAGACAUGUAGUUGGGUGCUCAAGGGGGGCUAG